CAGAGGUCAGGAGGAAGAGCUAUUUAAUUAAUGGAAGGUACAUUACUUUUUCUUAUAAACCUUUUAUUUUCUUAAAAAACUUUAGUACAAAAUGCAUACAUAUUACAAUUAUUCAAAAAGUUAAUGUUAAUGUUAAUUAAGUUAAUGUUAAUGUCAGCCUAAUGUUGUUUUAAUAAACCUUUGUAUAAAGCAUACAUAUUAUUAUUACAUGUACAUAUUAUUAUUAUUACACAACACUUUUACCCAAUAAAUAUUUAUAUGUAUAAUUAUAACUUUUUUUAUGUUUUUUUUUAAAGAAGUCCUUGAGUAUUUUCCUCAGCUUGUAAACCCACACCUUGUAACCUGACAGCUCCCCAUGCAAACAAGACCCACACAGAUUUGGCUAAGGAUUAGGUUAAUGGGUACGGUUAGGGUUAGGUUUAAACUAUUUUUACGCCCCUCCCAAAAAAUACCGCCCAAAAAGUCCUGAAAUUUAAUUGGAAAAAAGCUGUGUGUAUGUGUGUGUCCGGUGUUUUCUUGUGUGUGUAUGUCAGCUUGUCAGCUGCAAUGUGUAUUGUAACACAGUGGUCAGGCAAUAUUCUAUUUUAGUUUACCCCUCCCCCCACACACACGAACACAUACAAGAGGAAGUUACAGGAUUCAGUCAUUGAUCUAAUGGAUUAAGACGGACAAGACUCUGAAAUGGGAUUGGGAGGAUUUGACUCAGGAAGCGUUCUGUCUCUGGGCUAAAAGGGUUGGUCUGGGGCAAUCUGGGAUUGAUACACAAUUUUGGAUUGUUGAUAUAUAGCCAUUGAUUUUUGAAGAAUAUCAAUAAUAAAUGCCUCAUGAGAUUAGUUCAACUGUCUUUCUCCAUCACAAUCCCAAAUAUUAGAUUUUUAACUAAAUUAUUGUAAGCUUCAAAACAUGGUUAAAACAUGAAUUUUUAUCAAAUAGAUCAAGAAAAUACCAUCUAUACAUGUGACAUUGUUACAUUUCUCCAGCCCUACAGAUGCAGGAUCUUCAUUUGAGCCAGUUUGCUACAGCAAGAAAAUAAGAGUGGUUGAUACAAUUUCCGUUAGGGCAAAUCAAGUCGGACAUUUUAAAGUGAAAAUUAUAAACUUUAGAAGCCUUUUUUAACAUUGAAUACACUAUAAGUUUGCAUUUCCGGGCUGUGCAGGAAAAUUCUCAACAACAAAAGACUGAUCAAAUUAAGAUACUACAUCUGUAUUCAUCGAUCCUACAUCUCUAUCUGUCUGAGAUUGCUCCUUUAAUAAGAGAUGACAGAUAUCAAAUGGGACAGGCCUCAGGUCCAGGUGGGACAGAAGCAGACGACCAGCAAGGUCACUGUUAAGAGGCAAAACAUGUGAGGGAUUGGAAUUGUUUGAGCAAGUGAAGUCCUGAAGGAUUUAGAAAAGUUUGAAUGGGGCUUGCCUAGAAACCAACUCAUAAGAUGCCUGACAAUUAAACAAUAUGUCUUUGUUACUUUGUUAUACUGUAUAGGUCUUAUACUGUAAAUGUUCCCCCCCCCCCAAUUCAAUCCAUCACAAGGUCUGUAAGUGGACAGUUUUAAAAUGAUUUCCUGGUCAAUCAGAAUGCUCAUAUCCGUGUUCCAUUUCAAACUUUUUUCUCCUGUUUCGACCUCUGAGAGUGACCCAGGUGAGAGUGGAAGUUGCUCAUAAUCAGCACAGAUCUAGGGCCAGUUUAAACUUUGAAACCCCAUGAUAAAGGUCAGGAUUGGCAUUGUGAGAGCUGAUCCAGGACCUGUGGUUUAGGAGCAUUUGGCUGGAGCUGAUACUCUCUCUCUAUGUCCUCCUGUGAUACUCAAAGGUAAUUUGUGAUUUGAGGUUGACAUUUGGCGCAGCUAAUUAUAAUAGACUAAUCUGAUUAGGAAAGGGGUGGGGGUCUGUACAAGAGUCUCCUCCCAAUCUGUCAUCGUGCCACCUGGAGAACGUCCUGAAGAGGAGAGUUGAGGAACAGGGUAAUCCAGUUGGACAACCCGAACACUGCGGUCCCAUAGAGGGCGAGAGACUACACUUUCCCUGCAUCGACUGUCCCCACAACCAAUAGGGAAAGAUGGCUCGGGAUAUGUCAGACAUUGACAUCCUGAAGAUGGAGCUGGAACAGCUGAAGAAAGAAGUCUCGACACCCAGGGAGCCUGUGUCCAAGACAUCCAAGGACACCAUGGACUGGUGUGAGGCUGCGUCUGGUACCGACCUCCUGAUAACAGGAGUACCAGAUGAUAAGAACCCCUAUAAGCCUGAGAAGGGAGGCUGCAUAAUCACCUAGCCCUCCCGGGGGACAAACAGCCCCAGGUGGGACACAGGGAAAAACAUAAUGUUGUACUUACAUAGGAACACAUGGCAAACGUAUUGCAGCUAUGUAUCACUCUUUACAGGGCUGAAGAGGCUGAAACUGGAGAGAAAAAAUCGGAGAGACAUCCACUAAGUUAGCCAGUUUAGGACAACACAACAUGUCACACUGACUAGGCUACACAAAGUCACCUGAGGCCACUGGGAGCUGAGGAGGAGAUUUAUCCAGGGAUGAUUCAGGGGAUUAGAGGGAUCACUUGGUUACAAUGGUGUCCUUCCUUUCUCCUUGAAGACCUAUGACCCUAUCCCCCUCACCUGUCAGUUGCCUCUGGCAGAUAUAGAGCUUCCAAACAGGCUCUGGAAUGUUCCAAUUGCACCCACCACUGACUGGCUUUUGUUUUGCUUGUAAAUAAAGUGUACCCAGUACGGCAGUUUCUUUGACGUCUUUUGGUUCUCUCUGUGACUUCUCUCUGCGACUUCUCUCUGUGACUUCUCUCUGUGACUUCUCUCUGUGACAUCUCUCUUGUUUUGCACCUCAUAUGAACAUGGAUCCUCUCAUGCUGCACGUGUCCCUUGAUUCAAUCAAGUUGUAAUGUACGUUUUAGAAAUAAACAUUUGUAUCAGGAGGUGGGUUGAUGUGUGAU